UUCUUGACGCGGGAGAUGCGGGUGUCCCUCUUUUCCUUCUUUAAUUUUAUUUUUAAAAAUCUUUUCUAGAUUUGUUUUUCUGGGCGGAGGGGAGCAGGCUCGCUGCCGCGUGGGGAGCAACUGCGCAUCUGCCUCUCGCAUUCGCUGUGGGGCGGCGCGGGCAUUCCCCACUCAGCACACCUGCUUGGGGGUUUGCGGCUGGCGAUAGGGCAGGGCCGGUUGCAUCCACCGCCUCGGCGCGGGGAGUCUCGCUCAGGGGGGAGGUGGAAGGCCGUGGGUUCGUUGCGUCAAUCUCCCCCCCUCCCCCGCCUGGGACAGGGUGAUGGUGCGAGGUGUCUGGUGCUGCAGCGCGGCGGCAGCGCCUCGGCCCUGAGCCGGGAGAGGGGCCCCGGACCUUGACGGUAAAAGUGAUGGAGCUCCUGGGAACCGCUGCACCGAGGACGGAGCUCACUCCUGAGGAAAAAAAGUGCCUUUUUAGGCGUGGCCCUGACCGUUCUGAAAUUCAAAAGUUAGCAGAGGUGGCCUCAGCAACAUGCUGUUUCAGUGCUCGCUACCUGAUACUAUUGAGACAGUUGCAGAUGAACCACGGAAAGUUCUUCUGCGCUUAUAUGGUGCAAUCCUGCAGAUGAGGUCCUGUAAUAAAGGAGAGUCUGUACAGUCUCAGAAGGAAAAUGACUUGCAAGGGGCAGAAGCUAUGGUUCUGGAAAGUGUUAUGUUUGCCAUUCUUGCAGAGAGAGCUCUUGGCCCAAAGCUGUAUGGAAUCUUUCCACAAGGGCGCCUGGAGGAAUUCAUUCCCAGCAGGAAACUAAGUACUGAAGAACUAAGCUUACCUGACAUAUCUGCUGAAAUAGCUGAGAAGAUGGCUAGAUUUCAUGGCAUGAAAAUGCCAUUCAAUAAAGAACCUAAGUGGCUUUUUGGAACAAUGGAAAAAUACCUAAAUCAGGUGCUGAGGAUUAAAUUUACCAGAGAAUCCAGAACUAGAAAACUGAACAAACUCCUCAGUUACAAUCUCCCCCAGGAAAUGAAAAAUCUAAGAGCUAUGCUUGAAGCAACUUCAUCACCAGUUGUAUUUUGCCACAAUGACUGUCAAGAAGGUAAUGUCUUGCUUCUGGAAGGCAGAGAGAAUUCAGAAAACCAAAAGCUGAUGCUCAUUGACUUUGAAUACAGCAGCUAUAAUUACCGAGGAUUUGACAUUGGAAAUCACUUCUGUGAAUGGAUGUAUGAUUACACGUACGAGAAGUACCCAUUCUUCAAAGCUAGUGUUCUUAAAUAUCCUUCAAAGAAACAACAGCUUCAUUUUAUCUCCAGUUACCUGUCUGCAUUCCAUGAUGGCUUUGAAAAUCUGAGCAGUGAAGAGAAGUCCAAACUAGAAGAAGAAGUGUUGAUAGAAGUUAAUAGGUUUGCCCUUGCAUCACACUUCUUCUGGGGUCUGUGGUCUAUUAUACAAGCAAAGAUCUCAUCCAUUGAGUUUGGUUACCUGGAAUAUGCGUUAUCCAGAUUUGAUGCAUACUUUGAUCAGAAGAGGAAGCUGAAGGUGUGAUUGUGGGAGGAGUGGCCCGUUGGUUACUGUAUGAAGAGGGCAGCUGGACAGAACUUACACUGUGCUUAGGCUACUGUAUCUUAAUGAAGGUGUCACUGAAUUCCAGUUCCUUGGAAUGCAAGUGUACAGUAUUGAAGACUGUAUAAAAAUGACUUGUUUACAGUUUCAUAAAUACUUGGAAUGUGAUUGGGAGGCAAAAGUAAAAUACAACAGUGCAAUAUCUUUAAAUAUUUUUGAUCUAGAAGGUAUUUUAUAUUAUGGGAGAAGCUUACAAUUAAGUGUCAAUACCACAUACAUCAGAGCAAACAGUGUUACUGCAAGUACAUUUGCUGGGGGGUGUUGGCAUUAUGGUUUGUUGUAAGCAGAACAGUUGUAAAGAUGUUUCAUUGUAGACACUGCCUCUUAAUGAGAAGGAAAAGCGAAGGAGACAACUGUUAAACUGUGAAGUAGACUUAAAAUAUUACUGUGAGAUUAGGUUCAACGUGCCCCAUGAACACUGUCUUCAAAGCUGCUGAUAUGUUACACCACUUUAACCAUAAAGCAACUAAACACAUUGAAGCAGUAUGCUUUAAAGUGUUACCUGCAUAUACAUGAAUGUUUCUCUUAAGCUGGUGUGCCUGUGAAGUAUGAAUGAACUUUGAACUGGACAUUCUGAAGGCAUUUGCCUUGAACUGUUCAUUCCAUGUCCUUCAAGAACAUGCUGUAGCCCAGUCUGGUUGUCUCUUAAAAUGCUGUGUCCUGCACAGGGGGUUCUGUGGGCUGGCAGCACUGGGAAGAGUGCCUUGAAUUGCUCUAGCAACUCCCCAGAUAACUGGAUUGGCAUUGACAAUACUUUUAAUUGGAACCCAUCUCUCUUCUUGUGUUGCCACAGUAUAUGGCUGUAAGAAAUACUAGAGCCAAAGACUGCAGAGAACACUUCAGGAAAUUACUUUUUUGCCCAUGCAAUGCUUGCGUAGCUUGGGAGGUGCUUUUCUUGCACCUUAAAUUUUCGUCAUGUUCCAGCAAUCCAGUAAAGUGGAGCAUCUUGUGGGGAACAAUAACAUAUAUAUUGAAACUUGAGUAUAAUCUAUGUACAUGUCAUCUAAAGAUUUCUUUAGAUUUUUGGGAGCUUGUUUAUUUCGAAUGUUAUUUGUUUGUGCUUUCUAACACACUGUAUUAUAAACAAUAAACUUCCAAGUCUACCCUUUUACACUUGUAUAGCAAAUACUGUUUCAAGCAGCUGAAGAACUGUGCAGCAUUUUAUGUACUGUGUAGCAUAAGUUGUAAAAGCUGUCAUUUUAUUCUCUAGUAUAGAGAAUAAUUUUCCAUACACUCAAUUAUUAAUACUUUAUAAUAAAUAUAAAGCACUUAAAGACUUAAGAAUAUCAACUAUGAUUUUGUUAUAUCUGCAGGAUAAAAUAGAUGCUGUUUCUGGCCUUAAUCUAUGCUGAAAGUAUUUUCAUCCUUGCCUUUGAAGGCAGACUAAUUUAAGCUUUAGGCUCAGUGCUGUGGGAUAUACCUUCUACUUAAAUGCAUCUUUAGCAUUUACUGUAUAACUGAAUGCUGAUAGCCUGGGGAAGAAAGGUGGUUAACGCAAGUGAUGGAAAGUAGACUGAAGAUCAGUUUAAAGUCUAUAGCUUUAGAGGUGGGAAAAGGUUUAGGGUUAAGCACUUUACUGUAUCUGUCCUGUUAACUACCUUAAAAACAGAGGUAAAAGUUACGAGUGUUAUAUUGAGUUGUACUGGCACACCGGAUGUAUUUGCAGUAUGAAUAGCCAGGUAAUUUCUCUGGGUUACUGGAGGCUUCAUUUAACUAGUACUAUUGCACACAGUAAACCCACUGGGAAUGGCAGUGGUAAUGAAAGGGGAGGAAAAAGUUUAGAAUGUUGCUUUGCAGCUGGUUGAAAAGGACUGGUAUGUAAUAGGUGUCCAGUCUGUAGGAAGCCUUGUUUUGUAUUCCAAGGGUAUAUUCAAGUUCUCCAGAAGCCCAUUGAGACUGUUCUCUGACUCAUCCAUUACUUUUUGUGCUUCUCAGAACCAGAAAGAGAAGGAGGCUCAGUCACAGUAGUGCUAACUGUAAUACAAGGUUGCAUCAGAGGUGAAGCUCCUUCUUAGAGUUGAGAUAUGGCUCUUGUUAAAACAAAUUCUGAGAGGAAACUAAGCUAUAAAGUUUCCUGGCAAGACUGGUUCAGUAAGUCCCAGAACUGCAGUUGUACUCUAGCAUGUGAUUUCUGAGGGUGAGGGGAAGGAAAGGCCCUGAAGGAAAGCAAAGCAUGCUCGAUCUUGUGCCUUUUGUAAUGUAAAUUUGUUUUUAAAGAGGGUGGGUAUCCCCUAGGUGGUGUGUGGUAGGCUUAGUGGGGACAUAGGUAAAUCAAAACUAAUGAGCAGAGAGCAAUGCUUAUUCUCUUCCUGGUAUGACUUUCAGUAGAUUUGUCCAUUAAGGGCAAGUUUAAGUUUUCUUUGAGAACUUGCAGUAGACAAACAGGAACUGGAGCACGGUCUACUCUUACUCAUAAUCACUGAAUGGUAAAGCUGAAUGUGUUGGGUUUGCAUGGCAAGGUUUUGGUGGCGGGGGGGGGGGGGCUACAGGGGUGGCUUCUGUGAGAAGCUGCUAGAAGCUUCCCCUGUGUCUGAUAGAGCCAAUGCCACUUGGCUCCAAGACGGACCCGCUGCUGGCCAAGGCCAAGCCAAUCAGUGCCUCUGUGAUAACAUAUUUAAGAAGGAAAAAAAACAGAGCUUUCGCAGCCACAGAGGGGAGUGAGAAGAUGUAAGAAAGAAACUCUGCAGACACCAAGGUCAGGGAAGAAGGAGGGGGAGGAGGUGCUCCAGGCACCAGAGCAGAGAUCCACCUGCAGCCUGUGGUGAAGACCAUGGUGAGGCAGGCUGUCCCCCUGCAGCCCAUGGAGGAAGGAUGAGGGGGUGUAGAGAUUCCACCUGCAGUCCGUGGGGGACCUCAUGCCGGAGCAGGUGGAGGCACCUGAAGGAGGCUGUGGCCCUGUGGGAAGUCCACGCUGGAGCAAGCUCCUGGCAGGACCUGCGGCCCCAUGGAGAGAGGAGCCCAUGCCAGGGCAGGUUUGCUGGCAGGACUUGUGACCCUGUGGGGGACCCACGCUGGAACAGUCUGCUCCUGAAGGUCUGCACCCCGUGAGAGGGACUCACGUUGGAGAAGUUCGUGAAGGACUGUCUCUGGUUGUCACCAAAACCCGGGAAUAAACCUCGUAACACCAAUGUAGUGUUAAAAGGCAGGCAUUCUUUAUUGUGGUGCUGGAUGCAUGGGGGAUAGCUCCACCCAACGUGCAUGCCAGGUGAUCACCAACACACAGGUUAUGUAGGAUCAAAACAUACAUAUUCAUUGCUUUUCUCAGAAAAGGCAGUCCUAUGAUAAUAAUUUCUUGGAAUUCAUUUACAUAUUCUCCUCCCCGUCAUGCAUGCUCAGUGAUUUGAGUCAGUGGUCUUCAAGGGGUCUCUGGUGGUCAUCAGUGGUCACACACCUGUGUCCACUGGAUAACCCUCUUCUUGCAGGCAUGCACAGUAUCCUUGCUGUGGGUGCACCUGUCCAUAACAACUUUCUUCAUAAGAUUAAUAUCUCCAAACCUAUUGUUCAGUUUGGUAGGGACUGUACAUGGAACAUCGCAGCAUUGUACCUUGCCAUGGUUAGUUUGCUUCAUUACCUAUUACCUUGGUUAGAAACUAAUUAUCUCAAACUGAUUCUAUAGUUUCUGUUUCACAGCCCCUAUCCCAUGGUUGCACCGUGAGAGGGACUCCAUGCUGGAGCAGGAGAACGACGAGAGGAGUCCUCCCCCUGAGGAUGAAGCAGCAGCAGAAACACCGUGAGAUGAACUGACCAUAACCCCCAUUCCCCAUCCCCCUGUACUGCUGAGGGGGGGCAGAGGUUGAAGCCAGGAGUGAAGUUGAGCCUGGGAAGAUGGGAGGGGCGGGGGGAGGUGUUUUAGGAUUUGAUUUUAUUUCUCAUUCCUCUACUCUGUUUUGC